AUGCCGACAAUGCUUUUGGCAAUGAGUUUUUGGAUUGCAUUCUUGACGGAUUUUAUUUCAAGGUUGAGCAGUUUGAUGAGUUCAUCUUUCAGAAGUCGGGCUGAGGCAGUUGGCUCAAAUUUGAAUUUUGUUGAACUGACGAUAUGGGCAGUCUUUUGGAGUGUCGUUUUUCGAUCGUUCAGGUUCUCCAGAGCUUUCUUGAGUUUGAGGAACUCAGAAUGA